AUGCAUUACAACCAUGCCAUCCCAAACCAGAGCAACGAGGCUCCAACCUCACAGUUCACCUUCAAGUCUUCGCCCCAGGUCGACGGCGUCUCCCCCACAGAACAUUUCCAAACACCUAAAGGCAUCAUCACGGCAACUACUUCCGAGAUACCCGGGUAUUGCAUUGAGAAAUGCAUGGGCACCAUCAUCGGCAUGGGCGCGCGCUCACGGGGCUUCGUGCCUGCUCUCGGAGCGGUCUUCAAGACCAUUCCUGGCGGCGACAUAAGGGCCUUAACAAAGCUAAUGUAUUCAACCCGGAACGAUGCAGUCGCCCGAUUGUGUGCGGAGUGCCAGAUUAUGGGAGGAAAUGCUGUCGUUGGUAUGCGUUUCGAGACUGGCCACUUCGGAGAGGGAAUUGCGCAGGUCUGUGUGUACGGAACUGCCGUGUACAUUGUGAAGGCGAACGCGGCUGGGAAGGACCAGAAGCCUGAGCAAUACGGAUGA